AUGAAUGCUGAGGGAAUCCGGCCGCCUGUUGAUGACUGCGUUGUCAGGAUGUUGACUCUUAGCGGCAAGAGCAGAGAAACUGAUAUCCUGUGCGCCGUUCUGGUACCUAGGGACGCCGUGGUGAGCUUGACUGAAGUUCGCAAGGAUGUUGGCACUGAAGAAGAAGCAUGUCUGAGCCAGGACCGGAGACGAUUUGAUUGGCUCGAAAGAUGUAACAGGAUUCUGGUGUAUGGUUCCCCUAAUACGAUCAAUGCUCUGGGCGACACCUUGGUUAUACGAGAACUUAAGGAGUAUCUGGAAGGCGUGGACCCACAGGGCAACUUCUCACACGUGUCUGACCAAAUUUGCCACGAGAGCGCGGGUCAGACGAUGGCACAGUUACGGAAAGUGUGCGAUCUCGAUUCCGACCCACUGCAAGUGACGGCUUGUAGACGUCUGAAUUUUGAGGAGUUAGAGGACCUUCUUCAAAGCGUGCCAGAAGACUGGGUGCCAGCACUGCAAAGGUCAGCUCUCCAAUGCGGCAUAUUUGAUGUUGAAAGCGGCUGGAGUUGCCGGUCGACACGGUGCGUACCAAACAAAAUGUGUGUAGCGGUGUCCACCGGGGCCACCAUACUAAGUGGGAUAGCUAUUUGGGCAUUAUACAAUUGGUUAAAACCACGUAACUCAGAAGCGGCCGCACAUUCCGUGAAUGGGAUCUUCAAUAUGAGUGGCACAACCAGCGUGAAUGAGAACUUUACCAUGAGUCGUUCAACUCCCAUGGACUUGAUACAUUCAGUUCACCACAGGUCCAGUCCCGAGGACACAUUCACAAGUUUUGACUCGUCGAUCGCUGUGAGCAUGACCAAGGAAGUGCUGAAGGCGUUCCAGACGGAGACGACCACACAUUCAAUGAAAGCUAUGUCCAGUAUCAACGGCACAAUCGCCAUUAACAAGAACGUCACCAAGAGGGGGUCGACCGUUUUCGACUUCGCCGAUGAAGGGGUGACGGAAGCUCUUGAGACGAGUACAAGCGAACACCCAGUCCAAAACAGCCCGGAAGACAAUUUCGCUAGCCUCGCCGCGUCGGUCGCUGUGAACUUAGCGAAGGAAGCGCUGAGGGCUUCUGAGACGACUACGCCGUCCGCAAACGGGACGCUCAGUGUCGAUGGGACAGCCACCACGAGGCUCCUGAACCUUCCGUCGACCGCUGUGAGUGCGACCUCGCCGGUGAUUCGCAGCAAGGUUGUGACAAGCACCGGCCCGGAGACGACCACAGAGUAUACAAGUCGUUUCAAGACGACGAUGAGCAACGCAGCGUUGGACAGGAUCCGGCUCCCAUGGUCAUAUUGCGAUGAUCUAUUCAAAUCAAAGGGUUUUAAGAAUGGCGGUUGGUCCAAAAUGGGCGAACCGGGAUGGGCAUAUCCGUGCCGAGGCCGCAGCGGAGUCUUGUUGUGUAAGGAACGUGGCACAGAGUCGAACAACACCUGUUACUUUUUCGGCGCUCCAUGGAGAUACGACGCCUUUGCGGUGCACGAUGCGAUUCGAUCUCACGUACUCAAUAAUGGAGAGUGCGCUGUACGAUGCGAUAGUGAAGAUGAAAUGGUGCGUCAUCUGUGGGAGGAAGCUGCCGACCAUUUGCUCUACGUACCAGCUCACGUGCGGAAACGGCGGGCAGAUUUUGAUGAUAUGUUGCAGGGACGCUAUCCUCUCGACAAGAAGUGCUCUGGGUGGUGUAAAGAUGACGGGUGCGUCAAAGGUGAUUUCAAUUCCGUCCCGGACUGUCGCUGUGCCGUUUCCAAGGUCAACUGUUUCGUGCGGUCAAAGCUUGACCACAUUUUUCAGAACGUUGAAUCGCUUGCCUUCGAUGCUGACACGCGGUAUAUGUUUAGCAGUCAUUCUGCAUUCAACGCAAAAGAGUAUUUCGACGUUAAGAACUGUAGCUACGAGUGUCGAUGGUUGGAUUUAGACUUGGCCAAAACUGCAGUUACCAGGCGGAUGUUCGAGGUGGAAAGCACAGAAGAUACGAGUGGCUUCAAGACAAGAAUGAGCAGUCGCGAAUUAAGAAGGCUUGCGCUUACAUGGGAUCAGUGCCGUAAACUUUUCACGAGAGAGGGUGGCAAAGCCCGGUUCGAGUCGGUGGAACCGUUGGGGCGAUAUCCGUGUGGAGGCGGCAGCGGUAUUUGGACUUGUAGAAAGCAGCAAUCAUGUCACCGUUUUGGCGGUCCCUGGAUGUUUGAUGUCUUCGCCGUACAGGAUGCGGUUAGGCAUCAUCUGAGGAACGAUAGAGAUUGUGCCGCAUUAUGUUACGGUCCGGAGGAUAUGGUGCGUGAUCUGUGGCAGGAGACAGAAGCAAAUUUGGCUUCUUUCCCUCACCACAACCAAACUCCCCGACGGGAAGAUUUCAACGCCGCCCUGUCGCAUCUCUAUCCAGUGAACAAACCUUGCUCCUCUUCCUGUGUGAACUGUGAUGAAAAUGAUUUCGCCCCCGUCAAGGACUGCUUAUGUCAUGUGGCGAGAGUCAACUGCCCCGUCCGAGACAUGUUGGAUAAUCUUUGGUUCCAGCUUGAAUCCUUUGCUUAUGACACGAGUCCGCGAGAUGCGUUCAGAAGCCUUUCUCUGUUCAACACAAAGGAGGAGAAGUACCUGGUGGGAAAGUGCGACUCUGAAUGCCACAUACACUCCUUAGAGCUUUAA